AUGUCAUGUUCAAAAAUAUUUUCGGGAACCUUACCUGAAUUAACAGAGAAUAUUAUAAAGUACUUUCAGGAUGAUUAUUCAACCUUAUAUUCAUGUGUUUUAGUUAACAGAUUUUGGUGUCGUAUAUCGAUUCCAUUAUUGUGGAAAAAUCCAUUUUCAAUUUCUACUGGAAAUUAUAACUUUAUUGGAAUUUACCUACAUAAUUUAAAUGUUGAAUUGAAAACAAAAUUAAAUGAAUAUAAAAUUAAUGAAAAUUUAUUACUUUCAAAUACACUUUUCAAUUAUCCUAGUUUUUUAAAAUAUUUGAAUUUAUCGAAGAUUGUUACUUCUGUUGAAAAGUGGUUUUAUACUACUAGAAUUAAAAAUUUGGAUAUUAAAAAAUUAAUUAUUAUGUCAUUAUUAAAAAUAUUUAUUAAAAAUGAAGUAAAUUUACAUACCCUUGAAAUUGAAAUAAAUCUUUAUAUCGAAUAUUUUGAUGAUAUUCUUGAAUUAAUUUUACAAAAUCCAAAUUUCAUUCUCAAUGCUAAAAAUUUAAAACUUUUUAUUUUAAAAUCUAAAUUAUUUAAUAAUAAUAGUAAUAGUACACUGAUUAACAAUCGUGUAUUACAAGUAAUUAAUUUACAUCAAAAUCUUAAAAAUAUUAUAUUAACUUAUAAUAACGAUAAGGAAUUUCUUUUUUAUCAAUCAUUAUUAUUAUCAAAAGAUUAUAAUUGUUCAAAUACUUUAAAUACUAUCACAUUAUAUCGAAUUAAUUUUAAAGAUAUGAUCAAUUUAAAUAAAAUGUUUGAACAAUUAAACGUUUUAGAAUCUGUUCAUAUUAUUUUUUGUUAUUCCUUAAAUACUAGUUUUAUUCAACAAAUUCUUAAUUUAACCAAACCAUUUAAAUUAAGAUCCUUAUUCCUAAAUGGAAGAUCAGGAAUUAAGGAAUCAUCAUUAUUAUUAUUAUUACAAAAAUCUGGUUGUUAUUUAAAGAAUUUCAGGUACUCUACAAUGUAUGACGAGAGCGAUCGUGUACGACAAAUGUUUGGAUCAGUUAUAAAUUAUUGUAAAAAUAUCAAAUAUCUUGAUAUUGAUGAUAUUAUUUAUCCAGUAGUAAUCGAUUUGAUUGAAAAUAUAAAACAAAAUCUUAAUUAUCUUUUUAUUAGUAGUGAAAUAAUUAGAUUUAGAGGUAGUCCAAUUAUAUUACGAAAUUUAGGACAAAUCCUUCCUUCUAGAUUAGAAUAUUUAGAUUUGACUCUAUGCAUUGAUGUAAGUGAUUUUGAAGUAUUCCUAAAAAAUUCCCAAGGUAUUUUUAUUAAGAAAUUGUUAAUUAAAAAUUUAGAUGAGAAUAAUUAUGAUAAUAUUUUACCUUAUAUAAAAAAAUAUAUAAUGAAGGAGAAAAGAGUCGGGUAUUUGAAUUUUAGGAAUCAUAAUAAAGAAUUGUUUGAUUUUAGUGAUGAAGUGAAGGAAUUUAAGUUAUAUAAUAUUAGAGUUCGAAAAUACGAGGAUUUAUACUUUAACAUUUAUCAAUUUAUGCAGAAACUUUAUUAA